GAUUUAAGUGGCGGGGGGCGGCCAUUGAUUUUUCUUUUUGGCGUGGCUACUGUGAGUGUUAGUCGUGUGUAGACGAGCGCCGGAAAGAUAAAAGUGAAAUCGUUGCCCUAUUCCUCGUUCGAGCUAACACCAUGAGACCCCAAAAUGGAGAUGAAGGCUACGAUGAGCCAGAGGUUCAUCGCAAAAUAUUCAUUGGCGGCCUCAAUUACCGUACAACAGAUGAGUCAUUGAAAAGUCACUUUGAAAAAUGGGGGGAAAUUGUCGAUGUCGUGGUCAUGAAAGACAACAAGACCAAAAGAUCGCGAGGCUUUGGUUUCAUUACAUACUCCAAGGCUCACAUGGUUGAUGAUGCCCAAAACAACAGACCACACCGUAUUGAUGGCCGGAUUGUCGAAACCAAGCGUGCUGUGGCCAGGCAAGACAUCAAAAAUCCUGAAGCUGGCGCCACUGUAAAGAAGCUGUUUAUCGGUGGCAUUAAAGAUGAUCAUGAUGAAGAUCAGUUGAGAGAAUACUUCUCAAAUUAUGGAACUGUACACAAUGUCAGUGUAGUCACAGACAAGGCUACUGGUAAAAAGAGAGGCUUUGGAUUUGUUGAGUUUGAUGACUAUGAUCCUGUUGACAAAGUUUGUUUGAACGCACCUCACAAAAUAAAUGGCAAACAGUUGGAUGUUAAGAAAGCCCUUCCUAAGGAUGGAUCAGACCAGAGAGGAGGAGGCGGUGGCCGAGGUGGUGGCCAACGCGGAAACGACAACUGGGGCAAUUCUGGUGGUUAUGGAAACAACCAAGGUGGUGGCUGGAACAAUGCCAACCCCUGGGAUAACAACCAGGGAGGAGGUGGCGGUGGAUGGGGAGGCAACCAAGGGGGUGGUUACGGGGGUGGUAACCAGAGGGGAGGCGGCGGUGGUGGUUGGGGUAACCAGCAAGACUUUGGUAACUAUGGAAACCAGGGCUACAGUGGGGGACCACAGAGGAACCAACAGUACAGUAAUAACCGGGCAGCUCCUUACAACAUGAACCAGGGGGGCAAUGGUGGUGGUGGCGGCUACGGAGGUGGCAAUGGAAGCAACUACGGCGGAAGCCAGGGAAGUGGCAGGGGCGGUGGUCGAUUCUAAGCAACGUUUCGUGCUAAGUACACUAGUAAGGCAGUGUUUACGGCUAGUGUAGGCAGUACGCUCCGGAGCACUAGAUACACCUCACGUCUGGUCCUCAUGUGACCACCAUCUAGGAGACGCGCCGUCAGGAUUCCAAUAGAACAUUAGUCGGAGCUCAAGUCUCUUUAAUUUCUCAUUAAUUAUACAAUAGAUUAUUUUAACGUGUACUGUAUGUGUAAGCUAGUUCUCUAUUUAUUGUAGUACUUAGGUACUUACCGUGACAUAGUUAAGGACAUACUUUUGUAAAACUAAAAAAUCAACAAAAAAUAUUCAUUUUACGGAUAUAGUACAAUCUUAGGAUAGUUUUCUUGACACUUAUCUGAAUGUUAGGUUAAUAACAUGACCGAUUAUAGUUGACAUUUUAGUUAAAAAUAAUCAUGAUAAUUUUUAGAUUGCCUGACUUCUGUUCAGUAUUAAGAUUCAAAUCAGUGUUGUAAGGAAAGAAAUAGCUAUAGACUAAUGAACAUAGGAUUAAUUUUAAAGUGUAAGAAAUAAAUUAUAAUUAACAGAAAUGUAGGCUUGUUUAUUUAGAUUUGUAAAAUAUUUUUCUUUUUACAAAAUAAAAUUACCUUUGUAAAGAUGUCUCAAUGCUAUGAGUAACACAUAGCUAAAAGGCUACCUGACUGAAAUUCUGUUAACCCAUAGAAGAAUGGAAAUGUUUUCCAAUCAAUAUAAAUUAUAGGUUUAUAGUUAAAUUAAGAUAUUAAAUAAAGAAGUCAGUGUUAUUUGUCUU